GAAUCGUGGAAAAAUAAUUGAGCUGCAAAUUUCCUUUUUUUUUCUUUGAUAUUUGAUUGUUGGUUCUGCCCAACUACAUUUGGAUUCCUUUCUUCAUUUAUAACUUGUUUUUUAUAUCAGAAAGGAUAAAAAUGGCGUUUGGUGGAACCAUCGACAAAUGCAAUGCUUGCGAUAAGACUGUUCAUUUUGUUGAUUUAAUGACCGUUGACAAUGUCAUUUAUCACAAAAAGUGCUUCAAAUGCACCCAUUGCAAAGGCACUCUUGUGAUGAGCAACUACUCCUCCAUGGAUGGCGUACUCUAUUGCAUGCCUCAUUUCGAACAACUUUUCAAAGAAACUGGAAAUUACAGCAAAAAUUUUCGUACAUCAAAGCUAAAUAGGGACAAUUCAACGGCACAGUUACCAAACAAAUUCUCAAAUUUCUUUUCGGGCACCCUGGACAAAUGCCGAAUUUGUGAAAAGACUGUCUAUUUUAUUGACAAGAUGACAAUGGAAGGCGAAUCAUAUCACAAGCAAUGCUUUAGGUGUGUUCACGGAGGGUGUCCUUUAACACACUCAUCGUAUGCUGCCCUCAACGGAAAUCUCUACUGCAGACACCAUUUUGCUCAACUCUUCCUAGAAAAAGGCACAUUGUCUCACGUUCUCAAGGCUGCUGCAGACCGUAAGAAAAACACAAUACCCGAUCACCAAGCUGAAGCUGAAAAGGUACCCCUACCCGAACAAGAAAGUGAGGUUGAGAAGGCACUCGAACCACAACAGGAAAAUCAAGUUGAAAAGGUAGUUGAAACUGAAGUUGAAAGCAAACUAGAUACUACAGAAGAAGUCGAUGAUGAACAAGAAUCCGAGACAGUUUAAACAUCACAAAUCGUGUUUGUGUUACUGAAAAGUAAUUUUAUUUGUCUAUACAACUGUUGUAUGUCAUUGUUGUUUGCUAUCAUGAUUCUGGGAUGAACAAUAAAAAUAAAAUCCAAUAUUUCAAACUC